GUCGACUUGACACCCCUCAAGGAGACAAGGUACUUGUCUUGCCAGCAUCAUGCAUGGUCUGCACAAAUUCCUGCUUUUUCAGGUUGUGGCAUGUCUUGGGCAAGGCGCUCGUGGGAGUGAAAUCAUAGAUGGGGAAAAGGCCCCAGAGAACUCCAUGCUCUACAUGGCCUCACUCCAGAGCAAGGGGGGUCAUGUAUGUGGAGGAUUCCUUAUCAGUGAAGACUUUGUGAUGACUGCGGCGCACUGUCAAGUGCCAGACAAUCUUACACGGGUUGUUCUUGGCACCCACAAUAUCAAGAAUGUUGAUGAAGGAAAAAUCAGAUAUAUCGAGAAAAUGUACAAACACGAAUCUUAUCAGAAUGUAGGGACUGGUAAAGACAUCAUGCUCCUUAAAUUGUCUCGAAAAGCUGAACUGAACAACAAACUCCAAACGAUUCCCCUUCCCAGAUCUGAAAUACAUUUGGGGGACAAUACAAAAUGCUACGUAGCUGGAUGGGGCUUCAUCAAAACAGGUGGAGGAGUUGUCAAUGAGCUGAGAGUGGUGGAUGUGUCUGUCAUUAACCCACGAGUCUGUCGAGAAAUGUUGCCUGUUCUUCCCGACAAUGUCAUCUGUGCAGGUGGAUAUAAAACAAAGAAAGGAUUCUGUCAGGGUGAUUCUGGUGGCCCUCUGGUGUGCGAUGGGACAGCUGUUGGUAUCGUGUCUUACAACUGGUGGAAGAACUGCAACUACCCAGAUAAACCCAAUGUCUAUACUGAUGUAUCAAAAUACCUGCCCUGGAUCAAGACCAUCCUCAAACGCACCAAACGUUCAGAGUAAAAAUCUUGUUCAAAGUUUUACUUCAGCUUGCAAAAUUGUAAUGUCUCAUAUUGCUCUGUCAGUGUGACUGAAAUUGAAAAUAAAAAAGGAAUU